AUGAAGUCGUUCGGGUUUUUGGUUGCGGUGCUUCUUUUUUUCGGCUCGACGCAAUGCGGACCGAUUCAGAGUGCAAAAACCAACCAACUCCAAUCGGAACAAUGUAAAGCCUGCGACUUCGUUGUCACGCUGCUACACAACCUUUGGGGCGACAAGAUCCUGGAAGACUGUCUAAUGGAUUUUAUCAUCAAAAUCUGCGAGACUUUCAAUUUUGAAGACCACUUUGUUUGCCGGUUGAUGGUCAAGGAUUUUGAGGCAUUUUUCUCCUAUUUGCGGUUUGAAUUUCCAGGACAUUGCCAUGAUUGCGGAAAUGUGACGAAUUUCCUGUCGAGCAACUGGACAGUACCGAUUCCCGGCGAUGCCAAGCCGUAUCAGCCACCUCCGACUCCAGCUGCCGACAAGCCAAAGCUCAACGUGCUCCAUCUGACCGACGUUCACGUCGAUAUGUACUACGAAGAAGGAUCGGAGGCGGAUUGUGGAGAGCCGCUCUGCUGCCGUGGAGAUCAGAACCCAGUUGAAGUCGGCGCUUCCGCAACGACGAAAGCUCCCAUCAAGCAACCGGCCGGAUACUGGGGUACCGUCACGGGAUGUGAUAUUCCUUACCGCACCUUUACGAACAUGCUCGAUCAUAUUGCGGCUAACCACAAGAAUAUCGACUACAUCCUAGUUUCCGGUGACCUUGAAUCGCACGCUGAUUGGGACUAUACAAGGACGACGCAUCAGAACAUGGUCAAAAACAUUUCCGAUUCAAUUCGCAGCCGUUUCCCGAACAUCCCGGCUUAUUUCUCGAUUGGAAAUCACGAGGGAGUACCGAUUGAUGUAUUUGCGCCUCGCUUUACCCCAGAACGCUACCACAUGGAUUGGCUGUACGAUACGAUGGCCGACAGUUGGAAGGGAUGGGUGCCUGCGGAUCAGGAUGCUAAUAUGCGAUACAUGGGUAGCUACGUCGUAAAACCAUACCCAGGACUACGCAUCAUUUCUGUGAACACCCCAUUGGGAGGCGAUCCGGUUAAUGCCUUCCUCUACAUCAACCAAACCGAUCCGGAUGGUACGAUGUCGUGGCUGAUCGCCCAGCUUUAUGCUGCUGAACAGGCUGGCGAUAAGGUCCAUGUUACUGCCCAUAUUCCGGGUGGAGAUAGUGAGUGUUUGGAGGGAUGGGCGAUAAAUUACUACAAGGUGAUGAAUCGGUUCGCUAACAUCAUCACCGGCCAGUUCUUCGGCCACACUCACUCCGAGCAAUUCUACAUGAUCUAUUCGGAUCCGGAAGACGCAAAGUCGACCCCGACUGGUGUCAUUUUCAGUGCCGGUAGCGCAACGACAAUGUCAAAUUUCAACCCAGUGUAUCGCCUCUAUACUCUGGAUGGAAACUAUCCCGGUUCUACAUUCGGAAUUCUGGACUGGGAGGAGUGGUUCUUUGACCUGUCGAAGAAUACGGAUGCUACGAAACACGAUUGGACCCAGCUGUAUGCUAGUGUAUUGCAGGAAUAUGGCCUGAAAAAUAACAAUCCCUCGGAGUGGAACAACCUUAUUAACAGGAUGAAAACGGAUGGGGAUCUUUUUACGAAAUAUCGCAAGAACUACUAUCGACGCACCGAUCUGGGGCCCUGCGACCAAAAAUGCCGUCACAAAUUACUAUGCAGCGCCCGUCAGGCCCACCACUCGGAAAAUUUGUGCUCUGAUUUGCCUUCCUACGACCCAUCCGACAUCCAAGCCCCGUUCUACCGUAAGCCGCCCUCGCAGUACGUCCCCACCAUGGCCGAUUACGAACGAAUCAAACAUGAAGUUCGUGCCGACGACGACCAGUGCAAGCGU